GACACGAGUGUCUGAUUGCUCUAGCCCUGCGCUGUGAAGUCUCAUCCCAGUGCAGCUUAGAGCAGCUGGAGGCUGUGACUGGUUGUGAAUUAGCUGUAGUGCAGUCUCUGUUACUGCACUUUCUGUGUGUAACUAUGAUCAGAAGCCCAGGGUUUUCCAGCUAUUUGGGAGCUUUCAAGUUCUCUGAGAAACAAGAUUUCAACAAGGAAAACUUAAGCUUUAUUGGAUUCCCACAUCAAAGGAAAGUUCCAAGCUUUCAGAAAGAGUUCUUGCUUGAAAAUAAAGAACAACUUACUAACUGUGAAAGAAGAAUCAAUGCUAAACUUUUAACUGCACUUCCUAAAGUUGCAGAAUUAAGAAAAAUCUUUGAGCCAGAGAGGAAAGAAUUUUUAAAAAUGAAAAGAAAAGAAAGAAUCGCCAGGCGCUUAGAAGGAAUUGAAACGGACACCCAGCCCAUCCUCUUGCAGAGUUGCACAGGGUUAGUGACUCACCGGCUGCUGGAGGAAGACACGCCCAGAUACAUGCGAGCCACAGACCCAGCCAGCCCCCACACGGGCCGAUCAAAUGAAGAGGAAGAAACUUCUGAUUCUUCUUUAGAAAAGCAGACUCAACCUAAACACUGCACAGAAACCUCAGGUAUCCAUGGUGACUCAUCUUACAGUUCAGGUAUGGACACCCAGGGUCUUGAGUCCAAAGCUGAAAGGAUUGCAAGGUACAAAGCGGAGAGGAGACGGCAACUGGCAGAAAAAUAUGGGCUAGCUCUGGAUUCUGAAGCAGACUCCGAAUCUUUGUCUCGAUAUACCAAGUCCAGGAGGGAGCCAGAUGCUGUUGAGAAAAGGGGAGGAAAAAGUGACAGGCCGGCUGAGUCAAGCAAAGAUUUCAGUUCUCUGUACUCCAGCACUGAGAUCCCAAGGCUCAAGACCUGCGUGGCUGAAUCCCAGGACUAUGCCCUCCAUGCCAGGGACAGUGUUUCCAACACAGAGGUGCUGCUAAACAUGGAAAACCAAAGACGAGGUCAAGAGCUGAAUGCCACUGGGCAGCAGGCCCUGGACCUGCCCCCCACAGUUGAGAGUUCCUCAUCCUUCCAGUUUUGCGGGCAAGACUGCUCCUUCAGUGAGGUGCCAAAGUCCCCAAAGCAAAUGCACAGCAUGCCCCUCUCUUCACCUGGGCAGCCAGCAUCCCCAAGCCACUCUGGUGACCCGCCACUCCCCGCUGAAGCUCGAUCAAGUACAGGGAAACUCAAACAUGAGUGGUUUCUGCAGAAAGAUUCCGAAGGGGACACACCUUCACUUAUCAACUGGCCUUCCAGAGUUAAAGUUAGAGAAAAAUUGGUGAAAGAGGAGAGUGCUCGCAGCAGCCCUGAACUUGCCUCAGAGUCCUUAAGUCACAGGAGACGCCAGCCCAUGCCAGGGCAUUACCUGUCCUUUCAUUCAGAAAACUCGGCCUUCGAUAGGGUCACGAGCAAGGCAGCCAGCUCUGCACGACAGCCGAUCCGUGGCUAUGUCCAACCAGCAGAUCCUGUGCACUCUGCCAUGCUGGUGACCUCAGAAACCCCAGAAAGUGUGUCUGAGUGCAGCUGGGUGGGAUCAGCCACCCAGAAUGUCAUAAAGCCUCCCGCCCUGAAGGUUCUCGAAGGUGAGAGAAGAGAUACCCCCAUUCUCCAUAUUUGUGAAUCACAAGCAGAAGACGACGUGCCCCUCACUGAAGCUCUCGAGAAAAGCAGGAAAGCACUAUUGGCUUUAGAGGAUGGGGGGCUUGAGAGAAGCCACGAGGACACUUCUGGAAAUGAGGACUUUGGUAAGCCUGCCGCUCUUGGCACCAUCACCUUAGAACAUCGGAAGGAGCCAGAAAGUCUUUCACACCCACCUCAAGCUCAGCACCAGUUCACUGAGAGAAUGGGCAGGAGUGAAAUGGUUUCCUAUGUUCAGAGUGAGCCUGUAUCCCAAGAUGCCAGAGUGACAGGUCACAAAAAAGAAGCACCUAGAAGGAAGCGCAAGGUCCUCACCCGCUCCCUGUCUGACUACACGGCCCCCCCUCAGCUCCAAGCCCUGAAGAGUAAGCACCCAACUGCAGAGGGACAGCUGGAGCUGCAGGGUCCCAAAGCUGAGGGGCCCCACUCGGAGCUGAGCGUGCUGGACACCAAGGUCUCUGUCGCCCAGCUCCGAAGUGCAUUUCUGGAGUCUGCCAAUGCCAGCAAGAAACCUGAAUUCCAAUCACGGCUUGAGAGGUCAACCAAAGGAGUUGGCUUGCCUACCAGUGUGGAACGGGAGAGAGGGUCCCAGAAACCACGACGCUAUUUUUCUCCUGGUGAAAGUAGAAAAACUUCUGAGAGAUUUAGAACUCAACCUAUAACCUCAGCAGAACGAAAGGAAUCAGAUAGGUCUACUUCAAAUUCAGAAAUGCCAACUGCUGAGGAUGAAGAAAAGGUAGAUGAACGAGCCAAACUGAGUGUUGCUGCCAAGAGGCUGCUUUUCCGGGAAAUGGAAAAGUCAUUUGAUGAGAAAAAUGUUCCAAAGCGAGGUUCGAGAAGUGCGGCCGUGGAGCAGAGGCUGCGGCGUCUGCAGGACAGAUCCCACACCCAGCCCGUGACCUCCGAGGAGGUGGUCAUGGCAGCCACUGAACCUCUCCCUGCUUCGUGCUCUGUGGCCACCCACCCUGUAUUGACAAGACUUCCUAGUCCCACUGUAGCUAAGAGCACUGUGCAGCCUGCCAGAUUACAGGCAUCUGCUCACCAAAAGGCUUUAGCCAGAGACCAGGCAAAUGAGGGCAAAGAUUCUGCUGAACAAGGUGAACCUGAUUCCUCCACUCUAAGCUUGGCAGAGAAGUUGGCCUUGUUUAACAAAUUGUCCCAGCCAGUCUCAAAGGCUAUUUCUACCCGAAACAGAAUAGACACGAGACAGAGGAGAAUGAAUGCUCGCUAUCAAACUCAGCCGGUAACGCUUGGAGAGGUGGAACAGGUACAAAGUGGAAAGCUCAUUCCUUUCUCGCCCACUGUUAACACUUCUGUGUCCACCAUGGCAUCUACAAUCACUCCUAUGUACGCAGGGGACCUUCGGACAAAGCCAUCCAUGGAUGACAACACAAGUGUCACUGGCUAUAAGUUUCCUUCUUCCAUAGAAAAUGUAGAUUCUUCGAUUAGAAGCACUCUGAAGCCCCAAUCCUGUCAGCCUUCAGUAGAGGACAGUGGGAGCAAAGGUAUGUUUAGAGAUUAUGGAGAGACGGAAAGCAAGAGAGUCUUGACAGGUAGAGAUGGUGGUGUUAAAAAUGGAUCCUUUGAGGAAGAAGAGCCAUCCUACCCUAUCCUCAAUCCAGUCCAGAAAGGAGACAGCCAUAAAGAACCUAAAUACGAUGUUCUGAGAAAAGGAAGCCUAGAGCUACCAAAUGCCCCUGUCUCCCUCCCUGGGGAUGAGGAGUUUUCCACUGCCAAAAGCACCACACAAGGGAACCCAGACUUGAAGGGCAGGCAGCCCUUUGAAGAGAAGGUGUACAUGGAGAAUGUCACAAAGAGGAAGUUUUCGCUGAGAGUGUCAGAGUUCGGGGAACCCACUUCUGAGCAGAGCGGCACAGUUGCUGGAAACAGUGUUGUUCAAGCUGCAGCCCCAGUGUCCUGGAAGCAACAAGAGCCUGCAGAGCUACCACAGGAGAAGCACUAUAAGAAUCCAUGUGCGAUGUUUGCUGCUGGAGAGAUCAGAAUGCCAACAGUGGAGGGCAGCCUUGAUUCACCCAGCAAAACCAUGUCAAUUAAAGAAAGAUUAGCACUGCUGAAGAAGAGUGGGGAGGAAGAUUGGAAAAACAGACUUACCAGAAAGCAGGAGUACGGCAAAACGACUGUUGCAAGUAGCCUGCACAUACAAGAAGUGGAACAGUCACUCAAGAAGAAGCAGGUCACAGAAAGUCGAGAGAGCCAAAUGACUAUCGAAGAGAGGAAGCACCUCAUCACUGUGAGAGAGGAAGCUUGGAAGACAAAAGGCAAAGGGGCAGCUAACGACUCCACCCAGUUUACCGUGGCUGGGAGAAUGGUGAAGAAAGGUUUGGCAUCACCCACUGCCAUAACGCCAGUAACGUCCCCUAUUUGCAGUAAAACAAGGGGCACAACACCCAUUUCCAAACCCCUGGAAGAUAUUGAAGCCAGACCAGACAUGCAGUUAGAAUCGGACCUGAAGUUGGACAGGCUGGAAAGCUUUCUGAGAAGGCUGAAUAACAAAGUUGGUGGGAUGCAAGAAACUGUACUCACUGUCACGGGCAAAUCUGUUAAGGAAGUGAUGAAGUUGGACGAUGACGAAACCUUUGCCAAAUUUUACCGCAGCAUGGAUGAUACCGUGCCAAGGAGCCCUGUAGAGCUGGAAGAAGAUUUUGAUGUUAUUUUCGACCCUUAUGCCCCCAAGUUGACAUCUUCUGUGGCCGAGCACAAGCGUGCAGUUAGACCCAAGCGCCGGGUUCAGGCUUCCAAAAACCCACUGAAAAUGCUGGCAGCAAGAGAAGACCUCCUUCAGGAAUAUACUGAGCAGAGACUAAAUGUCGCCUUUAUGGAGUCAAAACGGAUGAAAGUAGAAAAGAUGUCCUCCAACUCCAACUUCUCAGAAGUCACCCUGGCAGGUUUAGCCAGUAAAGAAAACUUCAGCAGCGUCAGUCUGCGAAGCGUCAACCUAACAGAACAGAAUUCUAACAACAGCGCAGUGCCCUACAAGAAGCUGAUGCUGUUGCAGAUCAAAGGAAGAAGACAUGUGCAGACAAGACUGGUGGAACCUCGAGCUUCGUCACUCAACAGCGGGGACUGCUUCCUCCUGCUCUCUCCCCACUGCUGCUUCCUGUGGGUGGGAGAGUUUGCAAAUGUCAUAGAAAAGGCAAAGGCCUCAGAACUUGCAACUUUAAUUCAGACAAAGAGGGAACUUGGUUGUAGAGCUACUUAUAUCCAAACUAUUGAAGAAGGAAUUAAUACACACACUCAUGCAGCCAAAGAUUUCUGGAAGCUUCUGGGUGGCCAAACCAGUUACCAAUCUGCUGGAGACCCAAAGGAAGACGAACUGUAUGAAACAGCCAUAAUAGAAACAAACUGCACUUACCGUCUGGUGGAUGACAAGCUUGUUCCUGAUGACGACUUCUGGGGGAAAAUCCCAAAGUGCUCCCUUCUGCAAUCAAAAGAGGUACUGGUGUUUGAUUUUGGUAGUGAAGUUUACGUGUGGCAUGGAAAAGAAGUUACAUUGGCACAACGGAAAAUAGCAUUUCAGCUCGCAAAGCACUUAUGGAAUGGAACCUUUGACUAUGAGAAUUGUGACAUUAACCCACUGGAUCCUGGAGAAUGCAAUACACUUAUUCCCAGAAAAGGACAGGGGCGGCCUGAUUGGGCAAUAUUUGGGAGACUUACAGAACACAAUGAGACUAUUUUGUUCAAAGAAAAGUUUCUCGAUUGGACUGAACUGAAGAGACCUAAUGAGAAGAACGCCAGUGAACUUGCCCAGCAGAAGGAAGAUCCUAGGGCUGAAGUCAAGCCAUACGAUGUGACCCGGAUGGUGCCAGUGCCCCAGACGACAGCUGGCACUGUGCUGGACGGGGUGAAUGUGGGCCGUGGCUAUGGCCUAGUGGAAGGGGAUGACCGCAGGCACUUUGAGAUUGCCAGUGUCUCGGUGGAUGUCUGGCAUAUCCUCGAAUUCGACUAUAGCAGGCUCCCCAAACAGAGCAUUGGGCAGUUCCACGAAGGGGACGCCUAUGUGGUCAAGUGGAAGUACAUGGUGAGCACUGCAGUGGGGAACCGACAGAAGGGAGAGCACUCCAUAAGGGUGGCUGGCAAAGAGAAGUGCGUCUACUUCUUCUGGCAAGGCCGGCAGUCGACUGUGAGUGAGAAGGGCACGUCAGCUCUGAUGACAGUGGAGCUGGAUGAAGAAAGGGGUGCCCAGGUCCAGGUCCUCCAGGGAAAGGAGCCCCCCUGUUUCCUGCAGUGUUUCCAAGGGGGGAUGGUGGUGCACUCCGGAAGACGGGAAGAGGAGGAAGAAAAUGCGCAAAGUGAGUGGAGGCUGUACUGUGUGCGAGGAGAAGUGCCCAUGGAAGGAAAUUUGCUGGAAGUGGCCUGUCACUGUAGUAGCUUGAGGUCCAGGACGUCCAUGGUUGUUCUCAACGUAACUAAAGCCCUCAUUUACCUGUGGCAUGGAUGCAAAGCCCAAGCCCACACGAAGGAGGUCGGAAGGACUGCAGCAAAUAAAUCAAAGAACAGUGAAUGCCCCCUGGAAGCAGGACUGCAUAGUAGCAGCAAAGUGACAAUACACGAGUGUGAGGAAGGCUCCGAGCCUCUGGGAUUCUGGGACGCGUUAGGAAGGAGAGAUAGGAAAGCCUACGACUGCAUGCUUCAAGAUCCUGGAAAUUUUAACUUCACACCCCGCCUGUUCAUCCUCAGCAGUUCUUCUGGAGAUUUCUUGGCCACGGAAUUCAUGUAUCCUGCCCGAGCCCCCUCUGUGGUCAAUUCCAUGCCCUUCCUGCAGGAAGAUCUGUAUAGUGCACCGCAGCCAGCGCUUUUUCUUGUGGACAAUCACCAUGAGGUGUACCUCUGGCAAGGCUGGUGGCCCAUUGAGAACAAGAUCACCGGUUCCGCCCGCAUUCGCUGGGCCUCGGAUCGAAAGAGCGCCAUGGAGACCGUGCUCCAGUACUGCAGAGGAAAAAAUAUCAAGAAGCCGCCGCCCAAGUCCUACCUGAUCCAUGCGGGUCUGGAGCCCCUGACAUUCACUAAUAUGUUUCCCAGUUGGGAGCACAGAGAGGACAUUGCUGAGAUCACAGAAAUGGAUACGGAAGUUUCCAAUCAGAUCACCCUUGUGGAAGACGUGUUAGCCAAGCUCUGUAAAACCAUUUAUCCCCUGGCUGAUCUCCUGGCCAGGCCACUACCUGAGGGGGUUGACCCUCUAAAGCUGGAGAUUUAUCUCACUGAUGAGGACUUUGAGUUUGCACUAGACAUGACAAGAGAGGAAUUCAGUGCACUGCCCGCCUGGAAGCAGGUGAACCUGAAGAAAGCCAAAGGUCUGUUCUGAGUGGAGAGAUGCUGGUGGAACCUGUUGUCACUUUCAAUACCAUUGGACCAGGAAAAUGGAUAUUUUUUUGGACAGGCAUUUUUAAAAAUAUUUUUUAAUCAGAGAUUUCAAAACCUGAAGUUAUUAGCUCUACCGCUAGUCCUGUAGUUGUGUAUUUUGUAAAUGUUUAAGAGAACUCUUCGGAACUCUCUCCGCAAUUCAGCAGGUAAUGUUAAUAAAAUCUGCGGUGCAGCUCAGCGGCGCUCCCCAGCAGAGCCACAGCACUGCCCCCUGUUCCAGCUCAGUGUUGCCGAUGUGUUUUAAGCAGUUCUCUUUAUAAAGUGUUAUUUUGAUAGUUUAUGGAGUCUAAAAUAUAUAUAUUUAUAUAAACACCAUAUAAAUCAAAUAUGUAUUUAACAAAGCAGUAUGCAUUCAUUCACUUUUAAGAUUUUUUGGGAGGUGUCAAAGUAGAUGGAGUUGCUUCUGCCGAUACGUAUCUUCACCUACGUAUCUUCACCGUGUUCAGAAACGUCUUCUUCAGCAUUACAUUAGGUCUUACUUCUUCUGAGUGCUGCUUCCGGUGCUAAAACAGAAAAUGUGCACAUCCUGGCAUGGAAUCUGUGCAAGUUCACCUUUCUACCUUAAUAUCUCCUCAACAUGUAUAGUGCCUUGUUUUUAUGUACAGUUUAUAUACAUACAAGUUUGCUCUGCAUUUUUUGAUCAUGGUUUGGAACAUUACCUACAAUUUUACUCUAAAAUAGUAGAAAUAAAAAAAACCCUUAAUUUCUAAUGCCUGUUGUUAACAUUAAACAUGUCAUUUUGCAAUCUAGGUCUCCAAAAUAAAAGCUUCAGAAUAAACACAGCAAUUAACUUAUUGGUUCACACUGAA